AGAGAUGCGGUGUGCGCUCUUCUCUUUGACAGGAAAUUAACAGCAUAGAAUUAAACACAGAGAAAAAAUGACAGACAGGUCUGCCGAGCGCAGAGUGGAGACGACGCUGACCCGCGUUGGCCGCUGCAGCGAGGAGCAGUACGGCUUCAUCAACGCUCCCAUCUACCGCGGCUCCACCACCCUCUACAGAACCUUCGAUGACGCCAUGAACGCGCGUGCCCCUUUCAUGUAUGGCACGCACGGCAACCCCACCGUGGCCCAUCUACAGAGCGCGUGGACGGCGCUGACGGGUGGGGCGGGGACGGUGAUCUUGUCCUCCGGCAUGGCGGCCGUUUCCUUUGUGCUGCUCGCCGUCGCGAAGUCAGGUGACAACGUCCUCGUCAUGGACACCGCCUACAUGCCAACGCGGCGCUUCUGUGAUGAGUUCCUGCGCGACAUGGGCAUCACCACCACCUACUACGACCCCCUCAUCACCGCGGAGGAGCUGCGCUCGUUGCUGACAAAGAUGCCCAAGACGACCGCGCUCAUUAUGGAGUCUCCCGGAUCGCAGACGUUUGAGGUUCAAGACGUUCCCACCCUCACGACGGUCGCGAGAGAGUUUGGCGUGACCAGCGUGCUCGACAACACGUGGGCCACCCCGCUCUUCUUUGACGCACACGGCAAAGGCUGCGACAUCUCUGUGGAGGCAGGCACGAAGUACCUCGGCGGGCAUUCCGACCUCCUCCUUGGCAUGGUCUCUGCGAAUGCGGCGUGGUACCCAAAGAUCAAGCACACCCUCUCGCUGUGGCAGUGCACGCCGGGUAACGAGGACUGCUUCCUGGCGCUGCGUGGGCUGCGCACCUUGUACAUCCGCCUUAAGGAGGCUGAGAAACGCGCGCUGGACCUCGCACAGUUCCUGCAGAACCGCGAGGAGGUGCUGCGUGUGCUUCACCCUGCCUUUCCCGAAUGCCCGGGUCACGAGAUCUGGAAGCGCGACUUCACCGGAUCUUCCGGGCUUUUCUCCAUCAUUCUUCGUCCCCAAUACACCCUGAAGGACGUGGAAAGGAUGUUGGAUGGGCUGCAGCUCUUUGGAAUGGGCUUUUCCUGGGGCGGGUUUGAGAGCCUUAUCAUGUACUACGACUGCACAGCCAACCGCACCGCUACCACGUUUGCUCCUGGUGGUCUGCUCAUUCGCAUUCAGGUGGGCCUUGAAAACUUGGAAGAUCUCAAGAGAGACCUCGUCGAUGGUUUCAAGCGCCUUCGUGGUGAGCACCAACACUAA